UGCAAGCAUUCUAUGCAUGAAGUGACUUGCCGUCCACAUCCACGCACACUCACCCACACACACUCGCCCACACACAUUGGCUUGCGUCUGCCGACAGAGAUGCUCUCUCGCACAAUGCCAACACAACUGUCACACCUUCGCACGACGCACACUGGAGUGUUGAGUAGAUACAUGAAACGGGCGACGAACUACUGGAUGGACACACACAGACGUACACAGACUAGACCGAGAGACGAUACACGCACAACCAGCCACAGCCAGCCACCGAGCUGGUUCAGACACAGUCGCUAUGACAACGCGUCUGAAGGGAUAUGCCUGGACACUCCCUCGUCCUCCAGCAGCAAAUCCAGCACCGUGGACAUGCUCCCCGUCACUUCGAUGUCGGGUAUCUUCUGCCCCGCAUGCCACGGUAUGGGGGCGAUGGGAUUCUUAGGGGUGCCGUCGGCGUUCUUCGCUCCGAACCAGUCGCCGUCAGGAAAGAGGGUGCCGCUGUGGACCUUGUCGUUUCGCCACUCACCGUCAAACCACAUUACAGGAGUCCAACCAUUCCAGAAGGCCUUCCCCUGGCCGUGCCGCUUGCCCCCUUCCCAGCCCCCCGUGUACAUCACAUCGCCACCACAGAAUCGGAGCUCCCCCUGGCCGUGUGGUUUGCCAUCUAGCGUCGGGCCAUGGUAUCCUAGGCUGUAAUAGAAGGAGGCAUCCCACUCCAUGCCCGUCGCUUCGCCAGGUCCCUUCUUUUGGCCGUCGACCCACACGCCCUUGUAAGUCACGUGGCCGUUUCUAUCGAACUCCUCACCCCGGCCGUGCCUUUUGCCAUGGCUCCACAUCCCUUUGAAAACCCGACCCUGAGUGUCGCACUCUUCGCCCUCGCCGUGUCGUUUGUCGUCCGCAAAGUCGCCAAUGUAGACCUCGCCUUCACCGUAGCGCCGCAAUCCAUACUCGACGCCCUUGCCGUGGUACUUGCCGUCUCUCCAGUCUCCCUCGUAGACCUUCAUCACCUGCUGGUCAUACCGCCCAUAUUUGAUGCCUUUGCCGUGUAAUUUGCCGUCUUUCCACUCGC